UUUCUUUGCUUGAAGAAUAUAAGGACUUUUCUUUCGGCAUGUUGUGAAAUAUUUGGGAUGAAGAAAAGUGAACUUUUUGAAGCAUUCGAUUUGUUUGAUGUGAGAGAUUUUGGAAAGGUGAUAGAAACACUUUCAAAACUUUCUCGCACUCCUAUUGCAAUAGGCACAGGAAUAAGGCCAUUCCCUACAGAAGAAAGUGUUGAUGAUGAAGAUAUCUACAAAGGUCUUCCUGAUUUAAUAGAUGAAACUGGUGUUGAUGAAGAUGAGGAUUUGUAUGAUUGCGUCUAUGGAGAAGAUGAAGGAGGGGAGGUUUAUGAAGACCUAAUGAAAGAUGAAGCAGCACAGCAACCUAAAUAUACUGAAAAUGAUGUAAGAAGCUGUUGUCUUGCUGAAAUAAAGCAAACUGAAGAGAAAUACACUGAAACUUUGGAAUCAAUAGAGAAAUUUUUCAUGGUGCCAUUGAAAAGGUUUCUGUCAGCAUCAGAGUUUGAUACUGUUUUCAUCAACAUUCCUGAUCUGGUGAAAAUUCACAGGAAUCUAACACAGGACAUCAAUGAUUCUGUUGUUAACAAAAAUGAUCAGAACCUAUAUCAAAUUUUUAUUAACUACAAAGAAAGAUUGGUUAUUUAUGGCCAGUACUGCAGUCAAGUGGAGAUAGCAAUAUCGUGCUUAGACAACAUCUCUAAGACAAAAGAAGAUGUUAAGUUGAAGUUAGAGGAAUGUUCCAAGAGGGCCAAUAAUGGGAAAUUUACAUUGCGGGAUCUUUUAGUGGUUCCAAUGCAGAGAGUGCUAAAAUAUCACCUACUGCUCCAGGAGCUGGUAAAGCACACUACUGAUCCUAUGGAGAAGGCAAAUCUAAAACUGGCACUUGAUGCAAUGAAGGACUUGGCUCAAUAUGUAAAUGAAGUGAAGAGAGAUAAUGAAACACUCCGUGAAAUUAGACAGUUUCAACUAUCAAUAGAGAACUUGAAUCAUUCCCUCUUACAGUAUGGAAGACCUCAAGGUGAUGGGGAAAUAAGGAUAACUACGUUAGACAAACGUGCAAGGCAAGACAGGCAUAUCUUCUUGUUUGAUCUAGCUGUAAUUGUUUGCAAACGGAGAGGUGAUAAUUAUGAAAUGAAGGAAAUAAUAGAUCUUCAGAAAUACAAAAUUACAAAUAACCCCACUACUGAUAAAGAAAAUAAGAAGUGGUCUUAUGGCUUCUACCUCAUUCAUAUCCAAGGUCAAAAUGGUUUAGAAGUUUAUUGCAAAACUAAAGAUUUGAAGAAAAAAUGGCUUGAACAAUUUCAGAUGGCUCUGUCAAACAUACGACCAGACUAUGCGGAUACAAGCUUUCAUGAGUUCAAAAUGCAUACCUUCAGUCGCGUGACGUCUUGCAAAGUCUGUCAGAUGCUUCUGAGGGGAACAUUUUAUCAAGGCUAUUUAUGUUCAAAGUGUGGAGCUGGAGCACACAAAGAAUGUUUAGGAAGAUUAGACACUUGUGGCAGAGCUAAUUCAGGUG